AUGGACGGCUGCGAUUCUUUUCCGGCUACACCUGCUCAACCCACCAGGAAGUGCUGGGCGAUAAAUCCUAAAGUAAUAAUCCCUUUUACCUGGAGCGAGAGGAGCGAACAAACAUUAUUAUGCAGCGCGUCCGCGGAAAGCCCUCCGACUAGAUUCAUGCGAUCGACGCGCGCGAUUAAUGCAGGGUCACAAACACUCCGUCAACUCCCUGCAAGUUGGGGUUAUUGUUUUCCUGCGGUGUAGCGUUUAGGGUUUUUUUGCGGUCCAAUCCUCCCUCCGGCAAUGGGAUGCUGUGGAAGCGCAGAGAGGACAAAAAGAGAAUGGAAACCUUUGGAGGACAGAAGCUGCACGGAUCUGCCAUGGUUCCUGUUAUUUACGUUGUUCCUCGUGGGAAUGUGUGGCAUCUGUGGGUUUACCAUCGCAACUGGAGGGGCGGCGCGGCUCGUCUUUGGAUAUGACAGCUACGGGAACACAUGUGGCCAGCGCAACGAGCCCAUCGAAGGGGUCCGACUGAGUGGACUUGACCACACUGACAGAAAAUUCGUCUUUUUCCUGGAUCCGUGCAACAUUGACAUCAUUCAGAGGAAGAUUAAAUCCAUGGCGCUGUGUGUGUCUCAAUGUCCCACUGAGGAACUGUUGACGUACUACGACCUCAAGAGGUUUGCCAUGACGAAUGGGUCUGAGCUUUGCUCGUAUGAGUUACCUGGUCAUAAGUACCCAUCACUUCCUGAGCGCUUCGAUAAGUGUCCCAAACUUCCAGUACCAGAGAGCAAAGCUCUUCCAGUGUUUAACCGCUGCACGCCGGUGGACAUCUCCUGCUAUGCUAAGUUCGCAGAAGCGGUGGUCACGUUUGUCAGCGAUAACAGCAUGCUAAACAGGCUGAUCGCCGGCGUCGCAGCCAGCAAAGAGAUCAUUGUUGGACUGUGUCUGCUGGCGUUAGUUCUGUCCAUGAUCCUCAUGGUGAUCAUUCGCUACAUCUCUGCUGUUCUGGUUUGGAUCCUCACUGCACUGGUGGUUUUGGGUUCUCUGGGAGGCACCAGCGUUCUCUGGUGGUUAUAUAUAGACUACAGGAUGACGAUGAAUGAGACCAUGACUAAAGAUCUGACUGAAACCGAAGAACCCAACGGUGGCAUGAAGCCCACCAAAGACCACGCUCAAGGACUGCUCAUCUAUGCUGUUUCAGCCACUGUAUUCACUGGAAUCUUGUUGCUGCUGAUGUUGUUCAUGAGGAAGAGGGUGGCUCUCACCAUCGCUCUCUUCCAUGUGGCCGGGAAGGUUUUCAUCCACCUGCCGCUGUUGGCUCUGCAGCCCUUCUGCACCUUCCUGGCUCUGUCUCUGUUCUGGGUUUACUGGAUCAUGGUCCUGCUCUUCCUCGGCACAACUGGGAACCCAGAGAAGAAUGAGGAUACGGGGUUGGUGGAGUUCAGGCUGUCAGGGGCGCUGCAGUACAUGACGUGGUAUCACGCGGUGGGCUUGAUCUGGAUCAGUGAGUUCAUCCUGGCCUGUCAGCAGAUGACCGUCGCCGGAGCCGUGGUGACCUACUAUUUCACAAGGGACAAGACCAAACUGCCGGUGACGCCCAUCCUGUCGUCUGUGCUGCGUUUGGUGCGGUAUCACCUGGGCACUGUGGCCAAAGGCUCCUUCAUCAUCACCCUGGUCAAGAUCCCGCGCCUCAUUCUCAUGUACAUCCACAACCAGCUGAAAGGCAAGGAAAACGCGUGCGCUCGCUGUAUGCUGAAAGCCUGUAUCUGCUGUCUGUGGUGUCUGGAGAAGUGCCUCAAUUAUCUGAAUCAGAAUGCGUAUGCGGCGACGGCCAUCAACAGCACCAGUUUCUGCACGUCGGCCCGCGAUGCCUUUAUGAUCCUGGUGGAGAACGCUCUGAGGGUGGCCACCAUCAACACCGUCGGAGAUUUUGUUCUCUUCCUGGGAAAGGUCUUGAUCGUGACAUGCACGGCAUUCGCCGGCGUCCUGGCGCUGAACUAUCAGAGAGAUUACACUGAGUGGGUCCUGCCUCUCAUCAUCGUGUGUCUGUUUGCGUUUCUGGUGGCCCACUGCUUCCUGUCCAUCUUCGAGAUCGUGGUGGACGUGCUCUUCCUCUGCUUCGCCAUCGACACCAAAUACAACAACGGCACACCUGGAAGAGAGUUCUACAUGGACAAGGCCCUGAUGGAGUUUGUGGAGAACAGCCGGCGGUCGAUGGCGAUGGAGGAGCGGGGGCGCAGCAAGCGUGCCCGGCCCAAGGAAGAGGUAGAGUUGACCGAGGUGAAGGCCAUGGCUCCCGGGACAAGCUCUGCUUGACCAAAAUCAGCCCAUGGGACUUUUUAAAGACAUUCCAAAAUGUUUAUUUUUACCAAUGUGUAACAUGUUUACUAUGGUUUCACUCCAGGGAAUACAAUAUUUUAAUAAGAAACUGUAAAAAAAUGAAAUAACAAUGUAAUGAAGCACUUUAUAUUGGAGCGCUGCAUAUUUUAAAAAGCCUGAUGCAUUUUUCGUAGUGAUGUCCUUUUUAUAAGACUAAAAAAACAAACAGUUGCCAUCUAGUGAAACACAGUAUUAAUAAUGUCUAGAGAAUCACUGUUUUUAUUAUGUCAAUUUUUCAUAACAAACCUUUUUUUAAAUUGGUUUUCUUUGCGUUUAUGAGAAAUCCACAUACUGCAGUGCAGCACUUGUUCCUUUUUCUUCUCUUAAUCCAAAUAAUGAAGCAUAGACGCUUUUUAUUUCUUAAUUUUCAAAAAAAAAAGGAAAAAAAAAAACAAGCUUGGUUGUGUUAUUUUACUAAAAUAGCAUUACCACGCCUGAUAAUGAAGUCUGAGGGCCUUGUCCUUGCAUUUCACUUGUGUGUAAAAAGAUUGGUUGGUUGGUUUCCCUCCAAUGGUGGUGAUUUUAGUUUGUUUCUGAGUUGCGAUAAAACUGUAAAAGUCCAUUUUUUCCUGCUGUGACUGUUAGUGCUGGAAGAUCUGCUCACCUUAAACUGCGAGGAAGAUGUGUUAAUGGUUUUUAACUACGAUCCACAGUUGCAGUAACCGGAACGACUGACACGUACAAACCACACAAUAUAUGGUGACUACACUGCCUGUCAAAACUCCGGAAUCAUUUAUAAAAGAAGUCUCUUCAGCUCACCAAGGCUGCCUUUAUUUGAUCAAAACAUGCAGAAUAACCAAAUUGUAAAAUAGUAAAAAUCUUCGGCAAAAAUAAAGCAGUUUUUAACUUA